GAGACCCACCAACUUGCGAGAAGAAUAUUAUCCAAAUUGCGAGAAGAAGACUGGCUCCUCAUUUUGUUUGGUUGGUCAACGCACAGCUAUGUAUGCAUUCAUACAUCUGUAGAUCGAUGUAGAUAUAUAUCACUCGGUAGCCAAUUUGAGAUCCGCUCAAAAUUAAUGGCGGAAACUUCGAACGAUCAGGAACUUGCGGAGCGCGGCGACGCUGUAGCGGAAUUAGCUGCCCCCGACGAGUUUGUGGAAGUCGUCUUAGAUGUCAAGGACGACAGAGUAGACAUCGCUGAGGUGAAGCGGCCUGUUGCGAGUACUUGGGGAGAUCAAUACCGACGAGGGCGCGUAACAGAGGAAUUGCGGCGGUUGGCGUCUGCUAGUCGGCCUGCUCGACGUCUGGACAGAGCCGGAAGCAUUCUCGACGUCAUCGAGCACCCGAACGACUGGGGCGCCACCUACUCCGACCGGGAGUCGGACCGCAACGGGCGCAGAAGGAAGAAGAAGAGGAGCGGUGGCGGCGGCGGCUUCGACGACAGCGACGACGAUGAUGCGGCUGCAUCAGCGGCGGCGCCGGAGAGGGAGCUGACGCGCUUCGCCCUCCGCAUCGCCAUCCUGGAGAAGGCCGCCAGCGGCGUCGGCACGCUGGCGUUCGUCUGGGCCACCGUCGUGCUGCUCGGCGGCUUCGCGGUGCUGCUGCAGCCCAAGGACUUCUACUUCGUGACCGCCAUCGUGCUCAUCGAGGGCACCCGCGUCUUCACCCGCAACCACGAGCUCGACUCCGGGUUCUUCUUCCGGGCCACCAAGGCCGUCUUCGAGCCCUGCUCCGUCUCCGGGAACGUCGGGUGGAUCCUCACGUCGCUGCAGCUCUUGUCGGCCACCGCGUGCGCCGCGCUCUCCGCGAUGCGCCUCGUGGAGCAGCACUACGGCGACGUGGAUCAAGACGCCACCAAAAGGAACCGGGCGCCGGCGCUUGACAUCUUCUACGGGCUGGCGCUGGCGCAGGCUCUGCUGUUCCUCAUAGAGAAGGCCUACUGGCAUUGGAAAAUUUCAUACGGCCAGCUGCUCGAGCAGACUCGCCGCGCCUGCGGCUUCGGUGCCUCGGGGAUCGUCUCCCUCCGCCGCUUCUUCCACAACGCCUACUGGAAAUGCAUUUCCGGGAGCGUGUUCGACGCCCUCGACAUGGACCUGACCUCCUUCGCGCUGGCGCUCGUCAAUUCGGAGUCCCGCGGCGAGCAGCUCAUCGGCGCCAGGGUCCUCCACAGUUACGUCAAGCACGAGCUCUACGCCGACGACACAGUCGACCGGAUUGUAACCUCGGUGCAGACCGUUCGGAGGUUAGUCGCGAUGCUCGGCUGGAAAAGUCCGGCGGACGUGGAGAUCAGACUGCACGCUGCGACGGUCGUGGCGAGGCUGGCUGGUGACAAGCGCAGGGUGCUCCGAGUCAUCGGGAUUCCUGGAGCAAUGCAGUCGAUAGCUUCGCUGCUCCACGCGGGUAAGCGCGAGGACGAUCACGACGAAACAUACUACGCGUUCAACCUGCUCGGCCUGCACAUUCUCAAGCACCUCUCCCACGACGUCGACAACUGCAGACAAAUCCGGAACACGAGAGGCCUCCUCCCGAAGAUAAUAGAGUUCACCAGAACUAGCCCAAGCCUGCUGCAAGACGAGCGGGUUCCGGUGGUACGGAUCACAUUAGUAAAGAGAUCGCUGAAGGUGGUGAUGAGACUAGUAAGCACGGCCGGCAAGACAGGGAGAUUGCUCCGGAAGGAGAUAUCGGAUAACAUCUUUGCGGUGAUCAACCUUCGGGACAUCCUCAGGUACGGGAAGAACCAUCCCGCACUGUCGAUGUUGGGGAUCGAGAUCCUUACCGGCCUCGCGAUGGAAAAGGCUGCGAGGAGGAAGAUCGGGAGCACCGGCCAAGUGAUCGAGCUGCUGCUCUCUAACUUUUUAAGCCCGGAGGGUGGGGGCGUGCAGGCGAAAAUAGUUGUAGAGGCCGGAGAUGCGCUGGCAAUGCUGACGACGGAGAGCAAGAGCAACUGUGCGGAGAUUUUAAAGGGGUCGGAGGAGGUGGUGACGCAGAUUGUCAGUCUUCUCGAUGAGGAUGCCUUCAGAGUUUCUGCUUCAAAGUUGCUGCGGAAUUUGUGCAUGUACGCGGGGUCGGAGUUCUGCAAUCGCCUCAGGGGAGUUCGUGCCGCCCUACCCCCGGUAUUGGAAGCAAUUAUGACAAAAGAAGGGAAACUACUAGAGGUCUCAAUCGACCUCAGCGUGGAGAUCUGCAAACUGAUAGGUCCCGAAGAUUAUGCGAAGGAAGUAGAUCAAUUAGGCAUUAAAGCGAUCGAGCUCGCGAACAGACUUGCGCAGAUACUACGUAAACACGACCGCUCGACCGUUAAGCUUCCGAGAAUAAGGAGGUUUGUGAUCGAGCAAGCAAUUUGGCUGAUGAAAUCCGACAGUAAGUAUAGCGAUCUGUUUACACUACGCGGGAUGGCGAGGGAGAUGGAGUAUGUAGCGCGAACUACUUCGGAGCUUGAAUCUUUCAUGCUUUUCUCUGGAAGUGUUGGAGUCAACAAGUACAGAAAAUCUAUGGCUUCUCUUGUGCAAACAGCCAUAGGAUUGAUGGGAGUACCUCAAGAAGUAGAAAGACUUACAAUUCCCCUUCCACAUUAAAUCUUCGUUGAUAGUGGGAAUAAAUUCGUAAAUGAAAUCAAGAUCAUCACAAACUUAUUCCGCCCUGCGCCGUCUACGAAGAUCUUACGAACUCAGCUAUUCGAUGAAUGAGAUUCAUUUGAUAAGAAGAUCGAUUUCUCUACUAUCAUUGUCAAAAGUAAAUCAUUCAGUUUGGACAUAGAAGAUAAAUCUCACAUGUUAUUAGGACGGAACAUUAAUAUUCUUUAUCAGGGGAUCAAAACUUGUCUUACGAUAUUUCAAUUAAUCUAAUACUCUUGUAUC